GCGGGGCGGGGCCGCGCGCUGUCAGCUGCGGGGGCCGGGGGCGCGCGGCGAUCUGCGGACGGCUGGGCCCGUUCAGCGCCUCGGUGCCCGGUCGCCGCCUCUGCGCCGUCCCGUGGGCCGGGCAUGGGCGCCGGCGCCGGCGGCGGCACGAUGAGCAGCACCCUGGGCAGCCCUGUCCGCGCCUACGACUUCCUGCUCAAGUUCUUGCUGGUGGGCGACAGCGACGUGGGCAAAGGCGAGAUCCUGGCGAGCCUGCAGGAUGGCGCGGCCGAGUCCCCUUACGGCCACCCGGCGGGCAUCGACUACAAGACCACCACCAUCCUGCUGGACGGGCGGCGGGUGAAGCUGCAACUCUGGGAUACAUCCGGGCAGGGAAGAUUUUGUACCAUAUUCCGCUCCUACUCGCGGGGCGCACAGGGUGUGAUCCUGGUCUAUGACAUCGCAAACCGCUGGUCCUUUGAUGGCAUCGACCGGUGGAUUAAGGAGAUAGAUGAGGACCGGGCCCUGAUCUGGAGCCCCACCACGCCCAGGAGCCAGAGCCGCGAGCUGCCUGCUGGCACGCUGACCUGGCCAACUGCCGAUCAUGCCCCUGGUGUCCCUAAAAUCCUGGUGGGAAACCGCCUGCAUCUGGCCUUCAAGCGGCAAGUCCCCACGGAGCAGGCCCAGGCCUACGCAGCGCGCCUGGGUGUCACCUUCUUCGAGGUCAGCCCUCUGUGCAACUUCAACAUCACCGAGUCCUUCACGGAGCUGGCCAGGACCGUGCUGCUGCGGCACGGGAUGGACCGACUCUGGAGGCCCAGCAAGGUGCUGACCUUGCAGGACCUCUGCUGCCGGGCUGUGGUGUCCUGCACACCCGUGCACCUGGUAGACAAGCUCCCGCUGCCGAUGGCCUUGAGGAGUCACCUCAAAUCCUUCUCGAUGGCCAGUGGUCUCAAUGCCAGGAUGAUGCACGGCCGCUCCUACUCUCUCACCACCAGCUCCACCCACAAGAGGAGCAGCCUCCGAAAAGUGAAGGCCACCCGCGCCCCCCAGAGCCCGCCCAAGCGCUGCCCCCGGAACAGCUGUAAAGUCUCCUGAGGGAGGCGCCAGGACACAGACACUGGCCCCUCUGCCAGAGGCUCUGAGCCGUCACAUGUGGGACGCAGGAGCCCGUUCCAGGCGCGGGAAAGCACCUGCCGGUCUCUCGUGGUGAUCGUGCCGCCCCGCGCAUUGAAAACACCCCACACAGCUCGACGUUGGUGUUUCUACAUGGAUGUGCAUGAAGCUCUUGCUUUAGAUGUGUGUUUAUAAAGGGGGUCAGCACUCUGCUCGGCUCCUGAUAACGUGAGAUUUCAGACGUCACUUACGUCGUGGCUGCAGCACGGCCUUUGCUUAAUAGGACUGCUUUUAUAAGAGCGGUGACGUGUGUCGUGAGUGCAAAUUCCAGGGACUCUGGAAAGCAACGGGGGAGAGAAAUUAGUCUUUGACCUCACAAGAGGGCCUUUUUGUAAGUCUCCUCGUCACAUCGGAGCACGAGUUUAUGAAGUGCCGUGGAGAAUCAGAGUUGGCACGGCCGCUCUGUCCGGCUCGGGUCUGACAUGGAUUUGAUAAAGUUUUUGCUAUGUUAUUUACCAUGUUUUGGGAUUAAUAAGUGAUUUAUAUGCAUAUUUUUCUGUAAAUCUACAUUUUUUUGUACAAGAUGUUCCACAAGUUACAAAGCUAAGGGAAGAAAAUGCCAAAGAUAUCUCCAGUUGUGCCAAAAGGCCACAACAUAGUUACAACAGAUCCAGAUCGGCAAGGAAGAUAUCGUUCAGAGCCGUGUCGGUAAGGAAUGAAGUGGCCACCAUUAUUUAAGAAAAUGUUUCCUGACAAUAAAAUGUACACUUGUUUCUUGGUA